AUGUCUAUACCAGAGCCGCUCAACCCCAACAUCCCCAACGCCCGCAGACUCGCUCGCAAAUUCACGCCUCACACUCCAUUCCAUCAUCCGCAUCUGGACCCAAAUGUGCCCCAAGAAAACCUCCACCUGGUACCGGCGGCGCUGUUCCCAGGAAGGAACCUCAACUGGGAACUGCCGCGACCAGCAGUGACGAAUCUCCAUGUCAUGCUCAAAUUCACAAAUGAACCCGACAAGGCUCAAAAGGAGUUUCAUGAUAAGAUACCGCAGAUAAAUGACGUUUUAGGGCUGUGGAGUGAACUGAAGGGAGCCAGCCCGACAACGACCGGCGAAGCGCAACUUCGUGCGCAAAUAUCUGUUGCUGAGGACCAAGGUUGGACUUCUACAGAGGAGGGCGAAGGAACCACCUUUCAUCUUGUCAGUAACCUUGAUACGCCUGGACGAGCCGACGUCAUCUAUCUCACUGAUGCUGUGGAAGACAGUGGGGAACACGCUGAAGAUUUAAGCGUCCCGUUUAAUCUCAGAACAAUGGAAUGGUUGGGCUUCGAUGGUUCUUACGUCCAUUUGGAGGAUUCGAAGCCGAAGAUGGCUGCCUUUCCAAUAGGGCAGGGCUCCGACUCGGAUGAGCAAAGCAUGAGGAACAGCACUCCGUCCAAUCUCAGGGUCACCGAGUGGCUAGAAGAUGAGCAGUACACUGAUCUUCCCACUGAGGCCUACAGCUCGGAACCUGGUUCUGAUGCUGGAAAAACCUCGAGGGAAACAGGAACCUACGAAAAUUUCUGGAUCAAACAUGACCCUUCCGGACCCGAAUUGGCGCUGAAUACCGAUGAGGGUGAAUCGAAUGGCAACACAUCUCUGUAG